AUGUCGCUGAAAGAAGUAAUCCUCAGCAGUAUUUCCGGUUACGAGUUGGGCAUAUUGACCGUUACGGCGAUAACACUGCUCAUUCUGUAUCUUGGAGGCAAUGUGAUAUAUCAACUCUAUUUCAGCCCUUUGUCAAUCUUUCCUGGUCCAAAACUAGCCGCUGCAACACUGUGGUACGAGAUCUACUACGAUGUAUUCAAAUGGGGUCGAUAUUAUAUCAAGGUCAGAGAAAUGCAUGAACGGUAUGGUCCAAUCGUUCGUAUCAACCCCUUCGAGCUCCAUGUGUCUGACCCAGACUUCAUUGACACGCUUUACACUCGUUCCGCGCCUCGCGAUAAACACAGCUACAUGACAGGCCAGUUCGGCAAUCCUCUCGUCACCUUCUCCACAGACGGUCACUCCCACCACCGCAUUCGUCGCGCAGCCCUCAACCCCUUCUUUUCCAAACAGCGCGUGCUGGGUUUGCAAGAUCUGAUUUGGACGCACGUCGACAAGCUUUGCGCUCGCUUCGAAGAGUUCAAACAAUCUGGACGCCCGCUUCCCACAGGCCCAGCAUUCGGAUGUUUAACGGCUGAUGUGAUUAUCGAGUACUCCAUGGGCCACAAGCAGAAUGCGCUUGAUGAUCCGGCCUUUGCACCUUUGUUCACCCAAGCGGUCAAGAAGUUUGCUUCCAUGAGCGUGUUUACCAAGCACAUGCCGUGGUUGCACACUGUCAUGCGUGGACUCCCGCAACACUGGAUUGCGAACAUGAGUCCCGAGUACGGUGCUAUGCUAGCAUUUCGGGCGCUGAACAACCAGCGUGUGAAAGAGGUGUUCAUGAGGAACGGAAACAAGAACGAAGACGGUGGGGGCAAUGGCAACGAGAUUAAAGACCACCCAACCGUCUUUCAUGAGCUGCUCAACAGCGACCUCCCACCCUCAGAAAGGUCACUGGAGCGACUUAGCCAAGAGAGCCAGCUCAUCGUCGGCGCAGCCCUAGACACAACCGCCCACGCUCUAAACACAACCCUUUUCCACCUCCUCGCCAACCCCCAAAAACUGCAAAAACUGAAAGCGGAGUUGAAAACUGCAAUCCCCAGCCCACACAUCCGCACCCCCCUCACCAAGCUAGAAAACCUCCCCUACCUCUCCGCCUGCAUAUCAGAAGGCCUCCGCCUCUCGCAUGGCAUAUCAACCCGCAACGCGCGCCUGGCCCACACACCCAUGCAAUACGGUCCUUACACUAUCCCCGCAUUCACCCCCGUCGGAAUGUCAGCGCCACUAACACACCACAACGAGACGCUCUUCCCGUCCUCCCAUUCCUUCAUCCCCGAGCGCUGGAUCGGCGGGAAGGCGCCAGAUGGGCGGCCGUUGGAAAAGUAUUUGAUGGCGUUUGGACGCGGUGCGAGGCAGUGCGCGGGCAUCAAUCUCGCGCGGGCCGAAAUGUACGUUGUGCUUGCGGCGCUGGUGAAGAGGUUUGAACUAGAGGUGUGGGAGUCGUCGAGGAGUGAUGUCGAUAUGCAGCAUGACUUGUUUCUGCCGCAGGCGGAGUUGGGGAGCCGCGGGGUGUGGGUGUUGGUUAGAUGA